UCAGUCGUAGCCCCCCAUUGGAACCGGGCUGAAAAAUAAUGUUAUCGAAGUAUCAGCAAUUAUUGCUUGUCGUCGUCGGGCUGUGUUUGAGCGUGGCCCGUGCCGAUGUCGACUGCAGCAAACGGCCCAAGUUUGUGAAUCCCAUGACAUGUUGUCCCAUGCCCGAGUUUGUCACAGCCGAGCUGAAGGAGAAAUGCCAGCAGUAUAAUAUAACGCCACCAUCGCCGCCGCCCAUGUCCACGGAGCAGCAGAGCGGCGAGGGCAGGCGUCCGCACCCCCAUCAUCAUUUCCUGCCACCCUGUUUCGUGUCGUGUGUCUUUAAUGAAACUGGCAUCUACGAGGACAACAGCCUGGAUGCGGACAAGCUGAAGGACUAUCUGAGCAUUGUCUUCAAGGACAGCGAGGAUUUGCAGACUGUGGCCAGCGACGCGUUUACCACCUGUGCCGCCAAGGUCGACGAGUGGCAGGAUAAGAUGGGCAAUCGUCCGCGUCCCUCACCACCGCCCGGCCUGCCCCUGUGCCCGCACAAGCCAGCCUUCCUGCUGGGCUGCGUCUUCAAGAACAUGAUGAAGAACUGCCCGGCCUCCGUGUGGACCGAUACCCAGGAGUGCAACGAGACUCGCGAGUUCUUCAAGAGCUGCAAGCCUCCACAUCGCCGUCAGGCAACUGCGGCUUGAGGAAAAUUAAUUAAUCUUACAAAAACAAACAUAAAAAACUACCAAAAAAAUUAACAAAGUCAAAUACCUCAGUCCAACCUCUAUAUAACCCGAAUAAAUCAGAUCAAAUCUGUAAACAAUUUGCGUGUCGGAUAUUAAA